AUGGCUGCGGCAUCCGCCGUGCUGCUGUGUGAGGUACCGCCGAGCACCGUCAGCGCGCCGGGCAGCGCGGAGACAGAGCGCGCCGAGCUCCGCGACCUCAUGUCGUCGCCCGCUCGCCCACCGUUCGACUCCUCUCCGCGUGUCGGCGCGGACAAUCCGCUUGCAUUGCGCGUGCCGUGCGCGCAGGAGCGGCAGGAGGCGCAGGAGCGGCAGGAGGCGCAGGAGCGGCAGGAGGCGCAGGAGCGGCAGGAGGCGCAGGAGCGUCUGGAGGCGUUGUGGCAGGAGGUAGAGGAGAGCGACAGCACGCGCAGCCUGCGGUCGCCCAGCGAUGCGUCGCCCGCUGCGACCUCGUCGCCCCGCCGCCAUGCCAGCGGCAGCUUCACCAAUCGACGCGUUCGCUCGCUGUGGUCGGCGGGGUCGCCGCUCUCGUCGCCGCAGCACACGCGCAGCGCGCGUCACACGCGCCAGUGGUCGGCUGCGGCCGUGCCCUUCUCCUUCUCCUUCUCCCCGCUCCACCCCUCCGCGCUCCCUGCGGACGCCCAGUCGUCGCCGCGGCAUCCGCUCACCCCCACGGCGGACGGCAAGGCGCAGGCGCACGGGGACGGGGAGGAACGAGGGGAAGCGGAGCGAGCGGCGGGGCAUAAGCCGUCCAAGUCGGCGGGGUCGCUGCCGUUCCUCCAGCUGGGGCAGUGGUCGCGCUCCUCCCCCAACCUCCGCUCCCCCAUCAGCCCCCCCGCCGCUCCCACCUCCCCGUCGGAUACCGCCUGGUCGCUUCCCGGCUUCGCCAAGUCGGUAACCCUUCGCUCUUCGCCCAGGUCCUCCACUUCGCCCAGAGCCGCCACUUCGCCCAGAGCCGCCGCAGCGUCGGUGGCGCGCGCUGUAUCGGCGACGAGCGCCGAGGCGCCGGGUAUUCUGGAGAGCCGCACCUUCGACCCAAUCGCGUCGCCCCUCGCCGCCGCCCCGCCAGCGUCGCUCUCCGACGCGCGCAGGUCAGCGGAAGCGGAGGUUGUGGGUGGCGGUAGGAGCAGUCCGUUGCGGGGCGGCGGAUGGCGCAAGACCGCGGUGGGCGGCCGGCGCAGCGAGGGCGGAAGAGAGCCGACAGUGACCGCUGAGAUGGGGGAGGGCGCGGGGGAGAGGGCGAGUGCAGGGGAGGAGGACAAGGGGUGGGCGUCCGGCAGUGGGCGGGGCAGCAGAUGGCGCGCCAAGGCAGCCCUGCCGCAGCUGAACGUGCGCCGCAACUCCGUGGACAGCCCGCAGCCCAGCCCGCAGCCCAGCCCGCAGCAGAGCGCACAGCAGCAGGCGCUCAAAGUGCUGCACCAGCGAUGCCCGCCCCUGUCGCCCUCCACCUCCCCACUCGCCUCCCCCAAACCCUCCCCGACCGCCUCUUCUACCGACCCCGCAGCAGCAGCAUCCGCCAAGUCGCUCCUGAGGUCGCCGCGCUCCCCCUGUGCGGCGGCAGCAGCAGCAGCAGCGUCGCCGCGGUCGCAGGUGGUGGUGGUGCGGAGCUUUGUGGAGCACCGCAGGCGAGUGGCGGAGGCGGAACAGAGAGAGGCGGCGGAGCUGGGGGAGGUGGCGGUGGCAGGGCGCGCGGACCCGGGGAACGGGGGGCAGGAGGGCAGGCGGGGAGGCGUGAGUUGGAAUGGGGCAGUGCAGAGCUUGGACGCGGCGGUAGCAGCAGGGGGUGCAGUGGGGGAGGCAGAAAGGGGUUCAGGGAUCCAGCAGGGGAGCGGCAGGGUCGCGGAAAGGUUGGCGCCUGCCAUGGCGGGCACAGAGGGCAUGCAGUGCGGGGAAGAGCGGAUGGACGCGGGCAUGACACAGGCCGGCAUCGUGGGCGAUCCACAGUGCAGGGGCGGAGGGGACAUGCGCGGUGGGGGUGAGGGCGAGCAGGUGCGCGUGCAGGCGACGGUGGGAGGUGGCAGUCCGCCAGCGAGCAGGGCGGGUGGGAGAGGGGCAGGUGGGCACGGGGAGCGAGGCAGGGAGGAGGAGCAGGUCAGAGCGGUUCUAAGUGCGAGGCAGCAGCAGCGAGCGCAGUGGCUGCAGCAGCAGGAGUGGCAAGAGCAGGAGGGGAGGCAGCGAAGCAGAUCCAAGGAAGGUGCCACGGUGCAGUGGGCGCCCCUCCCCACCACCACCCACUCCCCCCCCGUUCCCCGCCAAGCUUCCGCCCCUCCCCGCCCCGUGCUUCCCCUCCAUUCCGAUGGGGCCCUCUUCCCCCACCGCCCUCUCACGGCAACGCCCUGCCCUGCGCCCAGAGACCUCUACCCUGCAUCCCAGCAGGCGUGGCUCGCAGCGGAUGCUGGCACGGCGGGGCACAGGCAGGAGGAGGAGGCGAGGCAGGAGAGGCGGGGCGAGUGGGGCCAUGCUGAUGAUGCACGCGGCGCGCACGCCAUGUCUGCCAGCUUCCACAGCCGCUCCUCUCCGCCGUCCAAGCCACCUCAAAGCCCCCGACCUGCUCUGAGCCCCAAGCCACGCUCACACGCACCACGCAACUCUGUGAGCCUUGGCAGCCUUGGGUCCCCUCGGGGCAGUGCCCCGCCCCACAGCCUUGACCCUGCCCAUCGCCCUGCUGCCAGCCCCUCCCACCCCCUCCGCUCCAACCCCGUGGUCCCUCCACUCUCUCUCGCCCCGCCCCUCGCCCCUUGCCACUCGCAACACAGCCCCCUGAACAGCCCCCUGGGCAGUCCUUUGAGCAGCCCGCGCGGUGCGGUCAGUCGCAGCAACUCAGCACGCACCCGACCGACCCUGCCAAGUCCCCACUCCCAGCUGUCACCGCGGCGUGGCGCUGCAGCUGCCAGUGGGCAGCAGCCACGGCACGGCAUGCAGCCCUCGGGCGCCCUGCAGCCCUCGGGCGCCCAGCAGCCCUGCUCCCUCUCCCAGCCCACGCGCACAGCGCUGAGUGCCCCCAGCAGCCCACUGGGCAGCCGAGCACCUGAUGCCUCGGCCUUGCGAGCACAGGGAGGCCCAGGGAGCAGAGCGCUCGCCCCGGGGCAAUCAUCCUCGCGCUCUGCCAGGCACUUCAGCAGCUGCCAUGCUGCCGUUGGCCCUACCACGGGAGGCAGAGCUGGGGUUGGGCAGAGUGGCAGUGGGGCAAGAAGUGGUGCGAUGGUUGGGGCAACGGAUUAUGGCAGCGGUGGUGGUGGGCAGCAGGCUGGGGGGCGUCAUGGUGGGAAUGGGGCAGUGGAGCGGAGUGUGAGCGAGCAGCACCACAGCCACCACAUGCACCCUACUGCAACCACCCUGUCGCCUCAAUCUGACGUGCCUCAGGCCAUAAAGAGGCGCCACACGUAUGCUUCCACCCCCACCCUUGCCAUCCCUCUGCCCCUGCCCCAGCUUGGCCCUAAUGGCUGCCCUCCCCCUCUUAGCCCCACGCUGAGCAGGGCAGCAGGCAGCAGCAAGGGCAGCAGGAAAGGGGACGGGAGGCAGGGGAGGCAGAGGGGAACUGGUGUGGGCAAAGAGGAGGGCGUUGUUGACGACGUUACGGCUGCUGCAGCUGCUGUUGCUGUUCCCAGUGAAGAUCAGAGGGUCGAAGGGACAGCGGAUGCCAGGCGCAGGUGA